UUAGCUGCAGAAGGAGAGUGUAUUUUUUGUUCUCUAAGACAAAUUUGGUGCCCCGAGAAUCAUCCCUGUACGAGCGAGAGCUCGGCAAUCACUGCCUUGUUGCUGACAUUGUCGCCACCGAGCGUUUCCUUUCUGAAUUCAGCACCGUUUUGCGAUGACGCUGUAUCUUCUGUAUGAGUCUGCCUCCGGGUAUGCACUGUUUGAGACGAUGGGACUGGACGAAAUCGGGCAAAAUGCGGAAGCGAUUCAGGAAUCCAUCACGGACCUGAAUCGGUUUGGGAAGGUGGUGAAGCUGUUGGCUUUUAGUCCGUUCACGUCGGCCGCCGAUGCUCUGGAUCAAUGCAAUUCUGUGACUGAAGGAAUCAUGACUGCAGAGUUAAAGAAUUUUCUGGAGUUGAACUUGCCCAAGGUUAAGUCCGGGAAGAAGCCGAAGGUGAAUCUUGGAGUUGCUGAGCCGAAGCUUGGGUCGGCUAUUCUAGAGUCUACGCACAUCCCUUGUCAGAGCAACGACUACGUAAAUGAGUUCCUUAGGGGAAUUCGGUUUCAUUUCAGUCGUUUCAUCAAGGAUCUAAAGGAGGGAGAUAUUGAGAAGGCGCAACUCGGUCUUGCUCACAGUUACAGUCGCAGUAAAGUUAAGUUCAAUGUUAACCGAGUAGAUAACAUGAUCAUUCAAAGCAUCAGCUUGUUGGAUACCCUUGACAAGGACGUCAACACGUUCUGCAUGCGGGUCCGGGAGUGGUACUCUUGGCAUUUCCCCGAGCUGGUGAAGAUUGUGAAUGACAACUACACAUAUGCCAAGCUAGUUAAGUUUGUGAAGGACAAAUCGAGCCUCACUGACUCAAGUUUGGAAGAAAUCACCGAGGUCAUUGGAGAUGAAGAUAAGGCCCGUGAAGUUAUUGAAGCUGCGAAAGCAUCCAUGGGUCAGGACAUAUCACCUAUUGAUUUGAUCAAUAUCGAAAUGUUUGCAUCAAGAGUGAUAUCUCUUGUGGAAUAUCGCAAGCAGUUGCAUUCUUAUUUGGUGUCUAAGAUGCAAGACGUUGCCCCAAACCUUGCUGUAUUGAUUGGAGAGAUGGUUGGAGCUCGCCUCAUUUCACAUGCUGGAAGUCUUACAAACCUAGCGAAGUAUCCUGCUUCAACGGUGCAGAUCUUGGGUGCUGAAAAAGCAUUGUUCAGGGCGCUUAAGACGAAAGGAAACACACCCAAGUACGGUCUGAUUUUCCACUCAUCUUUCAUUGGGAGGGCAAGUACCAAGAACAAGGGACGUAUCUCGCGUUAUCUUGCGAAUAAAUGUUCAAUUGCUUCACGAAUUGAUUGCUCUUUCUAAGGCAUUUUUACUCCUGUCAAUACAAGCGCUUUUGGGGAGAAAUUGCGAGAGCAGGUUGAGGAGCGUCUCGAGUUCUACGACAAGGGUAUCGCACCAAGGAAGAAUAUUGAUGUUAUGAAAGACGCCAUCAAGAAUGCGGAGGAGAACGGCAAUCGUGAUGAGGCUAGGGCUGACGAGACAGACAUGACUGACGCUGUACCAGGGCCACGCGAGGUUGGUGACAAGAAAGAUAAGAAGAAAAAGAAGAAGAAGCAUUCUAGUGCUAACGGAAACUCAGAAGUAAAUGGCAAGUCAUCAGAUGCGGAGGAAGAAGCUGCUGCAAUUGCAUCAGCUGUGAAGGAGAAAAAAAAGAAAAAGAAGAGCUCUGGUGAAGAAGCAAUCGUUGCCACAGCGACUACUCCAGUUAAGGAAAAGAAAUCUAAGAAGCAGAACGCGAAGGAUGCUGUACAGGCUGCAGAUGCUAUUUCCCCAUCGACGGAAGGCAAGAAGUCUAAAAAGCACAAGCGCACUGAAGAGGCGGUGGAAGCUGCCCCGGUGACCCCAGUUGCGGAGAAGAAAGAAAAAAAGAAGAAACGAAAAGUUGAAGAGUAGGCUCACUGUCAUCAAUUUAGGAAAUUUUCAAGUCUUAGUUCUGUGCUCUGCAGUUUUAGGUCUCCCCAACACACGGCUUUGGUUUAACUAACUGAAGAGUCCUAGGAAGUAGAAAGGGCCAUGUUGGAUUAUCCCUUUUUGGUCAGGUGAUCUCAGAUUAUAGUUAGCGGUCUCCUGCUUUCACUUGCCACCAGCUUCAUUGAUCAACUGUGUAUACUUCUCCCUGUACUUUGAUACGUCACAAGAUGUGGCUCUACUACACAAUUUACACAGGUGCUGGAUCAUGCGGGUUUUGCAUUCAACUUCAUCUCA